CAUUAGCCUGACAGGUUUUAAAUUCUCAAGUUCUUUUUUUUUCCAAAAAAAAAAACGCAGUUAUUUCGCUUUUAUUCACAUUGUUUCUAUGUAAUAGCAAAAUCUAACAGUCGCCGGUCUAAUUCAAGCGUUCAACAAUUAAAGUCAUUGUUCAACUUCCAAGACUGACUAUCUAUUUUAUAUACAUUUAUAUUGUAUUAAACAUUCUUCUUAUAACGUUGUGUACACGACCAUGUAAAAACAAAAGUGUAUCAGUUUAAAUAUAAAUCUCUUUGUAAAAUAAUCAUGUUUUGGUAAGAACAAAUAUUCGUUAUGAUGAGGAAAGUAUCACUUCUUAGUGUCAUGGUGUGUGGCCUACUACAAUGUGGAUGUGUUUAUUUUCAAAGUGGUUCAUUAGAAGACCGACAUGAUGAUGUAGUGAAGGACUCUGAGAGCACUGAUCAUGUUCUGAAAAGGAAGAAAGGUAUAGAGCAUGAAGAGAAACAAAAGGACAGAAUGAAAAUAACAAGAAGGGAAUUGUCAGUUUACUUUGACUCCCCGUGUGUUCAAUUGAAUCGUACGGUUGAUUGUUCAGGGCUUAAUUUAGAUCAUAUCAACUCAUCCUGGUUUCCGAAUCGCACGGAGAUUAUCUUUUUCAACAGUAAUUUUCUGUAUAAAUUGGAAAAUGAAACGUUUUCGCACUUGAUUCGUCUGAAACAUUUGGAUUUGUCUGACAAUCAUAUAUCAACUUUUGAUCUGCUCGCCUUUGAGGGCUUACUCAACUUGAAAUAUCUAAGUCUAAGCUAUAAUAAAAUAAAUUUCGCUAAGGUUUCGGUUAACAUUUUCAAGCCGUUAAAAUCUCUAGAGCAUUUGGGUCUGUGGUUUCAACAAGAUCAAAGAUAUGAUAUUCCCUACGCGAUGUUACAGCCACUUACACGGUUACGGAACCUGAGUAUCAGCACUGUACAAAGUAGUCUCUACUUGGGACCUGAGUUUUUAAACUUACAAAAUUUAACAGUUUUGAAGAUCACCGGAAGUACUCGAAAUAUCACGAACAGAUCGUUUGAGAACAUUGAAGGAUUGGAAACCUUGGUUUUACAGGACUUGACGUUUAUAAACUUUAUAGAUGUGGAUGCGUUUGUACAUUUAAAACAUCUUACAAGCCUAAUUUUAAGAAGGGUUUUCUUAGACUUGAAAAAUGUCCUGCCGAUCUUGUGGCCUUUUAGAGGGAGAUCUAUGAAAGAGAUUUAUGCUCGAAUUGUCACAACGCAAAUAUCAGUUCCCAAUCCUUGGAAAAAUGGUUUUCUCGCUAGAAAGGAUAUAAUGUAUUUAACAGACAUUUGUGUAGAAUCUGUUACAAUUUUCUACUGUAAUAUUUAUUAUAUAACAGCAGACGCAAUAGGUACUGCGACUACGUGGCAUCGUUGCCUUCGUGUGAUUGUCUUAACUGAAAACCCUCUGAUUGGAAGUUAUAUUGCUUUAUACUCUCUUAGCAUUCUCCAGAACAUAGCCACUGUUGUUGUGAAUAAAGCUUUGAGAUCUUGUGAAACAUUUUCUCAGUUUCCGAGUCCGGGUUUAAGUAGAAAAUAUUUCUUUGAAGAAAUGUACCAAAAUAACAAUUUGUAUGAUGGUACACUUUUAAAUAGCGAAGACUCUGUUGUUGUCUCCAACAGAUUAUCUCAAGAGAUACAAAUGUUACCUAAUAAAACGUUACGGAUAUUAAAUAGUACAUUGUAUAUACAUGUCUCUGAAUCCUUAUUAAGCUGGGAGUCACAAAAUUUAAUACCAGAAGCGUCAUUGAGUAUUGAUAUAACAAUUCAAGGAGCUAAUAACCUACAAUACAUUGAUAUAUCAGGUAGCGGAUAUCACACAUUCUCUGGUAAACUUCAAGGACUCUCGUCUUUAAGAACCGCGAUAGUGUCAGGAAAUAAUCUAAAAGAGUUCUCAGAGUCUUUCUUAGAUGGCUUUCUUGGUUUGGAAAACUUGGCUGCUUCUAAAUGCCAGCUAGAUAAGGAUUUUUUCGCUAUGAAAAGUAAUCGAAUCUUUCAGAAUACUAGAAAAUUAAAAGAACUUGACAUCUCCGAGAAUUCUCUAAAUGCAUUAAGUCCCGGAACAUUUUCUACAAAUGUAGAUUUAGGAUAUUUAAGUUUGUCAGGCAAUAUGUUCAAUGAUAUUCCAUUUGAUUUAAAAGUUACACCAAAUCUUAAAACCUUAGACCUUAGUAACAACGCUAUCACUACUUUUACUUAUGAAACUACACACGACCUGGAUAUGUUGUAUUCAAAGAAUGGACAAAUGAAACUCAAGUUGAACGGAAACAUCCUCUCUUGUGGCUGUCGUGAUCUGCAUUUUCUUCAUUGGCUUAAUCAAACUCUUCUAAGCUUAGACAACAACAGAAAUUACACUUGCAUAAACAAGGAUGGUGUUAGAACAAACACCUUGGAGUUUUCAGAUCUAGAAUCUCUUUGGAGAGAAUGCUGGGGUGAGGUCUUCUUCUACAUAGCCAUAAUUAUAUUAUGUGUUUAUAUUAUUGGAGUAGUCCUAACAUUUCUGAUAGAUAAGAACAAACACUUUCUUGUUUCAUAUUUCUUACAACUUCUCGGCGAUUUCAAACUUCACACCAGAUUUGAUUACAAGACUGAUGUUUAUAUUGGCUAUUCUGAUGAGGACUAUCGAUUUCCUUGCAUUGAACUACGCGAGUAUCUGGAAAGAAAUUUGAAAUUGAGCACUUUUAUAAUAGACAGAGAUCUUUUGGCGUCUACAGAUAAAGCAAGCGGUAUUUUGGAUGCCAUGAACUCCUGUUGGAGGAUUUUGCUUGUGUGUAGUGAAAGUUUCCUAAAGAAUGAAGACUGGUCAAUGUUUACCAUGAGGUCAGCAAUGUACGCGCAAAGCCCGGCUAAUCCUACAAGAAUCGUUAUAGUAGUACAUAUGAGUUGUCUCGCCAUGUUGCCAAGGGAACUGUUAAGUGUUGUUCACGAUGAAAAUAUCCUGGUUCUCACGAAAUGGACAGUUAACUACACUCUAAGUGAAAAGUUGAGAACACGUCUGAUGGCUUAAAGUUUUUCUCGAGUAGCCAGGUGAAACUGUAAUAUAAAAUACCAAAAUCAAGUAUAUUGUACUUUUAGUGUCCUACAAUAAACCAUAAAAAACAGCAAUUUUUUGUACAUAUUUGCUAUUAUGACAUAACGAAGCACUUUCGAAAGCCGAGAUAAACAGUAUAUAGAGGGAUUUGACCGAUACGCUGGUCAGAGACUUAUCCCGUACGGGGGGGAAGACCGUAUAUCAAAACAAUUUCAUUUUGGUGAGCUGAUAGGUGGUCGGUUUAACCAAGGUUCCCGACAUUUUUU